AUUGAAUAUUGGGCUGAGGAGCAUGUUUUGAGUGUUGCGGAUUAGUUUGUUUCUCGUGUCGUAAAGGAAAAGUAUGGAAACUAUGGAAAGUGUUGCUCAUUCGGUCAAUAAUGGGAUAUAUUUUACAGAGUCAUCACCUCAUGUUUACAAAUUCAUCACUGAAUGCCCAGAAAAUUUGUCAAACAGCGGAGAUAACAGUUAUAAUUUUACUAGUGACAGUGAAUUAGACUCACAAUUAGGAAAUAAUAGCGUUCAAUUGAUCAAUAUUUCUGAAGUUAAUGACGAUACAUCGUUUUCUGAUAUUCAUCCACCCGGUAGUAAGCGCAGAUUAUGCGCCAACGUUAAUGGUAUCACUGAUAUGAUUGCCCGACAGCCUUGUUUCACAGACGAACGUAAUUCUUGUGAAAAACUUACCAAAGGAAAACAAAAGAUACCUAUUGAAUUUAUUUCUGAUCGUACUAAGAGAUAUUCUACUUUUUCAAAACGUAAAACUGGACUUAUGAAAAAGGCUGUGGAAUUGGCGGAAUUAACCGGUGCAGAAGUAUUAUUACUUGUUGCUUCAGAAACAAAUCAUGUUUAUACGUUUGCAACACAAAGAUUAAAAGGUAUUAUUGAAUUGGAAUGUGGUAAAAAGUUAAUACAGACUUGUCUAAGUUCAUCUGUGAAUCCAAACAAUUCAUCGAUGAAAACUGAUCAGCCAGAUUUAAACAGUUCGCAAGUUAAUAAAAAUGUAAAUAGUCGGAAAAGUUGCAGGAAGGAAGAUAGUACAGUUAACAGUGAUACAUUUGGUAAAAAGGAAUACGUUAGCGAUUUAAAAAAUGUAUCCAAUAAAAAUAGUAAAGUGAACUCAACGUUACAAAAUGACGCAGUUCCUAAAUUGUUAAAUCGGAAUCAUGUUGAUGAAUUGGAGCAUCGUAUUGAUAUCAUCCCAAGUACAAUUAUAGAUUCUGGUCAAAAUGGUCAUACUGUGUCGUUAAAUAAUGAAGCGUUUUGUAAUAAUAUUUCUCAGGCAACUAACAAUUCCAACUCAUCUGAAUGUAAAAAAGUGGUAUAUGUUCCAGUUAGUGUAUCUCCAUCACAAAAUGUUCUCUCAUUAACUCCGUUAUCCUCUAGCCUUCUUUUAACUGCACAAAUGGCCACAAAUCGAUUACUUUUAGUUCCACAGUUAAAUUCAGUUCAUUAUGUUACAUCAUCUUCAGGAAAUGUACUAAAUAGCUCACUAAAUACACCAACUUCAAACUCGUGUAAUCCUUAUUUAAUGGGGUUUUUUAAUGUCAAUACAAACAAUGGUUCGUCAGAAAUACUUACAAAUUGUGUAACAAAAGAAUCAACCACCUUCACUUCCAAAAGUUCCACUAAUGACAGCGUAACUAAUCAAUUUAUGAAUAAUUCAUGUAAAUAUAACUUAAAACCUCCAGAUUGAAUCAAUGCUUAUUUGACCGAUCCCUCCUCUAUUUCUCGUUCUUCUCUGAAAACAAAAUGCUUUUCUUUAGUUCAUAAUUUAUUUUACUCCCUCGAGUUUGUUUAUCUUUUUCAAAUUAUCUAGAAUAUUAAAUAUUAUUUUG